AUGACCAAAAACAAACAAAUCAAGGACGAAACUGCAGAAGUAGUAUCAAAUGAAUUGUCAAUUACUGGUUCCUCUGCUCCCCGUAAACGCAACAAGUCACCCGGGAUCAGAAUCAUUGGAGGGAGAAUUUAUGAUUCCUUGAAUGGAAAAAGUUGCCACCAGUGUCGCCAGAAGACCAUGGAUUUCAGUGUCUCAUGCAAGAAUCAUACCCGAGAGAAGCAAUGUACCCUCCAUUAUUGUCACAGAUGCCUCUUGAACAGAUAUGGGGAGAAAGCUGAAGAAGUUACAGCAUUGGAGCUCAAGUGGAAAUGCCCUUAUUGCAGAGGAGUUUGCAAUUGCUGUAAAUGCAUGAAAAGGCGGGGUUGCAUGCCGACUGGCAGACUUUUCUUGGUUGCCAAGGCCAAAGGAUACUCAUCCGUUUCAGACAUGCUACAGUUGGAAGAAUUCCAAAAGCCCCCCAAAAAUGUAUCAAAGAAGCACAAAGCUUCUCAUGAGGAAUCAGCUGCAAGUUCAAAGAGAGGGAAGCUGAAAACAAGUAUAGAUGAUAAAUCAAAUUCAGUUUGCCCUGUGGAGUCUUUGAUUGGGAAGGGCAAUCAGAAGGAUGGUGCAAGUACUAAGGAAUCAAAACCAAAAUCCAAUGAUGGAAAGGAUGAUGCUGUGAAUGGGAAGGACAAAAAAGACGUUACUGCAGAUAAGAGACUCAGUGGGAUGGGUGCUAUUCUUACUAAGGUUUCUACCAGACAAGAAGUUAAUAGAGUUCUCAGAGGUUCUACCCAGAAUUUGAUGUCCAGAAAAUCAAGCAAUGCCGAACAAAGUAACUUAGAUGAGUGGUCUGAAAUGAAAAUUAGAAUUGAUGCCAAAAAGGCGAAAUCGGAAAUUCAGCCUGAUGAGAAAGCUGUACCAGAUCUUCAAGUUAAAGUUUCAAAUGUGGAAAUUCCCCUGCCUCGGGCCACUGAGUUAACUCAAGUGGCCAAUCUUGACUUUGCUUCCGAAGAUGUUGGCAAUGCACUUCAGUUUUUGGAAUUUUGUGAAGCUUUUGGACAGGUGCUCGAUUUGAAGCAAGGAGAGUCUGAAUCUCUGCUUCAGAGUCUAACAUGUGGUCGAGAACCACACAGAAGUUUUGAUUUCUCAAUUGAAAGGCUCCACAUGAAAUUGCUCUCCAUGAUAGUGAAAGAUUCAGAAAAUGGAUGUACCUCCUUAAAAGAUAGAGAUGGAAGUUCAUGGAUGGAUGCCUUUCAGAAAUACAUAUGUUCCAACUCCAACAUGUCAAAAAAUUUAAAAUCGGCUUGCUCUCACCUGAGCCACGAAGGAUACGCUAAAUUAGACGGUUCAGAAAAGCUUAGAAUCUUGACCUUUCUAUGUAAUGAAGCUCUUGGGACAAAAGAGCUAAGAAUGUGGAUUGAUGAAAAACAUAUGGAGUUUGUUCAAGAAAGGAAAAGAGGCAGGAAAAUGAUUCUUGAUGAGGAGAAGAAUAAUAAGAUCAGGGUCAAGAAUGAGGUGGCUAAAGCUAUCCUCACAAGAGCUCCUCUAUCUAUUACCGAACAUGAAAAUCUUUUUUCAAAGAUAAAAAUGGAAGCUUCUCAUUGUCUUUCACAUUCUGAUAUGAGAGGGACACAUGAUUCCGUUGCUACAAGAUUGAAUCCAGUUGUAUCAGAUGCAUCUGGUCGCAAUUUCUGGCAAUUGGGAAGCUACUCCGGGGGAAUGGAUGUCCUGCUUCAAGGUGAUGUUCCCAAUCGAGAUGAGGUUACUCCCACAGAAAGAUGGUUCUCUUAUGAUCUUAACGAGAAGGCACAUGUUGAAAGAUACAUCUCAUCAUUUAAGGUUAACGAAGAGAUCGAGAAGAAUAUACAAGUCACCAGAGAUAUCGAAUCGGAGAUCGUCAAGUGCGAAGAAGUUGAAUCCGCUUUAAUUGCUCGGGAGCUGGAAUUGAUGAGAAACGCCUACGGUUUGCAGCUCGAAAUUCAAGGACUGAACACCGUAUCUGCUGAUUCAGCAAGCUCAGUGAAACUGUUGGAAGAGGAUUUGUGUCGCUUGAGAAUGAAGAAAACCGAGACAAAGAGAAGAAUGAACAGCAGAUGGGAAGGGUUCGUUGCUCUAUGCCUAGAGUUCCAGAAGGAUAUAAGUAAGCCAGAAAGUCCUCAAGCUUGGAAAUUGAUGGAGGAGAAAGAAUCCCUAGAAAAUGAAAUUCAUAAUUUGAGCCAGAAGAACAAUGCUCUACAAAACUCUAUGCAGGCUUUUGUGGAAGAGGUAGUUGCCGAACUUCAGUGUUCAAUAUCAGCUUUACAAGUUGACAUUCAGAGGAAAAGUUUCGAAAAUGAGAAUUUGCUUGGGGAUAUAAAUGAGCUAAAGGCAACCCUGCUUUCAGCUAUCUCUGUUGGACUUUGA